AAACCAGAAUGCUCUGGUGUAUUUAAAAUGGCCACGUCACUCCCCUUCCCCUGCAGGAGGUAUGAGGCGAUUUUUCUCCUAUCUUCACCUUGAGAAACUGGUCAAGCUCUGGAGGUAAAACUCACAGAAGUGUGGGGACCUCCCUGGAGACUCUGAGUUCCACACUUGUCUCCACUAAGCCUCCAGCAAUUUAUCAAUUACGGCUUAGGUUUUCUUACCCUGGAUUGGUCCACAUGGAGAUUUCUGCUCUGGGAUAGAACCUGCGCCUCCUGCAUUGGCAGCAAGGAGUCUUAACCACUGGACCUGCCACGCGACAUGCCUCCUCUUGCCACGUGUACCUGCCCACGCCAGCCACCCCCGUGCGCGAAGUGCCUCACUCAGGCUGACCGGAAGGGCCUUGCCGCGGAGCCUGCCGGGAGUUGUAGUUCCAUCCUCGUCCAGACUUGAGAGCACCUCGGACCUGGCCGGUUUUGAGGUCUCCGCGGCACCUCGGACUGGUGUUUCCCUCGGCUCCUGGCUGUAGAAGGGACUCACGUGACGGAAUCCACGAUCCCUGAACUCCACCUGGGUGCCCAGACCUCCUGUGGGUGAGGAAAGUCUCUUCUGACACCGCUCCCCCGCCCAACUCCUGCGGACCCUACAUCCAGCCGAGGGUUUUCUUAGUGUCUUUGCAAAGGCUUAGAAUCAGACUGUAGCCAAGGCGGCUUGGUCCUGUCUGCAUAGUCAAGCUUGUUUCUACCGCUAGAGAGUCUCGGAGGCCAGAGCUGAGCCUCCAGCUGACGGUGUCUGCUUUUCCCAGACCAGCAAGGAAGGACCAUGUGCCAGGGGUCCUUGUCAUUCAGAGACGUGGCUGUGGGCUUCACCCGUAAGGAGUGGCAGGAGCUGGACCCUACACAGAGGACCCUGUACCGGGAUGUGAUGCUGGAGAACUACAGCCACCUGGUCUUCGUGGGAUGUCAAGUCACCAAACCAGCUGUGAUCUCCAGAUUGGAGCAGGGGCAAGAGCCGUGGAUGGAAGAGGAAGAGAUCCUGAGAUGGAGCUUUCCAGAAGUUUCCCAAGUUGAUAGGCAACGGGAACACGGAGAGGAACCUCUGAAGCAAGUAGAACUCCCAGACAACAAACAACUGACCCCAGAAGGGCACCACGCACCUAACACGGUUGGAAAAAACACCCCUCAGGAGACAGACGUCGUCCCUUCAGAACAACAGGCCCCUCGGUGUGAGUCGUGCGGCGCCGCCUUGCCGGGCAAGGCGGACGUCACUGUCACUCCCAGCGCGUACCUUGCGAGGAGGAGGUUCGAAUACGACGCACAGGGGAACCUGUUUCUCUACUCGAAGCUGGACCCUCCCUGUGCCGGGGCGCGCCCACGCCACUGUAACCGGUGCCGAGAAGCUGUGAGCCGUGCCCAAGCCCUUAAUGCCGACCAAGGAGCCCACGGUAGUGAGGAACCCCGCAAACGCACCGCAGGCGGGAAGGGCCUCUCCCGCAAGUCAAGACUCAUCACCCGUCACCGAGUCCACAGGGAACAGCCACCCUCAGGGCGGAAGUUCCAGGGGGGAGGCGGUCCGCCCCGGCAAACAUCCGGGAAAGCUGGCGGACCGGAAAUGCCGCCGAAACAGGAAAUGCCUUAGAAAGCUCUUGGGGGAGACGAACUUGUGCACCCCCCAGGCCGUUCUGACUGGAGAGAAGCCUUACAAGUGUUCCGGCUGUGAGGAGAUCUUCUCCCACAAGUCGCGCCUCAUCGAAUACCACAGAUGUCACACGGGAGAGAAGCCCUAUGGUUGCCCAGCGUGUGGGAAGUACUUGUCCCAGAUGUCCUGCCUGAUCAUCCAUCAGACAGCGCACACCGGGGAGAAGCCCUACGGGUGCGGCCGGUGCGGCAAGGCCUCCUUCCGGAAGUCGCAGCUCAUCCUCCAUCAGAGGAUGCACACGGGAGAGAAACCCUACCAGUGCGGCAAGGCCUUCUUGCAGAACUCUUGCCUCCUCAUCCACGAGAGGACCCACAUGGGCAGGAGGCCCUACGAGUGCUCUGCCUGCGGGAAGACCUUCGCCCAGGAGGCAAACCUCCUCCGACACCACAGGAUUCACACCCGGGAGAAGCUGUAUGGACAGGGUGAGACAAGGCUUUCAUCACGAAUUCCCAGCACACUGAGGAAUGAAGACCCUGUGGACUUUGUGAACGUGGAAAACCCCUUCGCUGGAAAGUCCAGGGCUAACUGUGGGCAGAGCGUCAUACCAAAGCGAAACCCUAACAAUUUAGAGAAUCAGGAAAAGCUUAUUAUUUUUUAAAUUUUUAAAUCUUUUUGCCACACCACCAUGGCAUGUAGGAUCUUAGUUGCCUGACCAGGGAUCAAAAUCGUAUGUCCUGCAUUGGAAGUGCAGAAUCUUAACCACUGGACCCACCAGGGAAGUACCGAAAAGCUUAUUCUCUUAAAACUAAGAAGGGUAAUGACUCUGUAGAGGGAUUUAGUUUUAUAGGAUAAACUUAAUUAUGAAGUGUAUCUGUGUCUCAUAGUAACUAUGGCUGUUGAAGUCUGAAGUCAAUGAAUAAGUUAAACCGUUAAGACAGCAUAUUGAAUAAGGCUGAAUGAGGCACAGAACAAUCCCAGGGGUAUACAGGGGCUAUGUUCCUGGACAUGUUCCAUAAAAAUAAUUUUACUUUGAAUUGCAUUUAUAUUUGAACACAAUUGUGAACUUGUAGAUAUAGAUACCAUAAUAUGGAGGAUGACAUCUAUCAAGAGUUUCCACACUAAUUACACCCUUUUGUCUUUAAUAUAUGUUAUAACUGGAACAUUCCAAAUUUACUAUUCAACCAGAAGUCCAUACACAGUACCACAUACCUUUUGGUUUUUUGUUUGCUGGCAGAUAUUACAGAGCACCCCUUGGAUCAGGAAGCCAGCAACUUCAUGAGGUACCCUCAUCUCUGUCAUCUAGUUCAUAAGUCAUGUUAAAUGUGCAAGGUUGGGGCUCCCUUUUCUGGCAUUAUAGUGGACCAUCUAAAGUGAAAAACGUUCCACUAAAAGAAAAGUGAGACUUCAAAUAUGUAUUGGCUCAGAUUCAACAAAAGACAUGCAUUAGCAUGCAUAUAUGCGUGCAGUAUAUAUGUGUAAAUAUGCAUAUGUAUAUACAUGCAAUAUAUGCCUAGCUGAGUAAUUAGAAAUAUUCACAUCUAGAUGUACUCAAUGUAUAUCUGUUGAGAGUUUAGCUACAUUGCUCUCUGGUAUUGCUGCCUCGUCAUCCAUCAUAUUUGGUCAAGAGGCUGCAGGGACCUUAAGCUGAUAAUAGUAGCCCGUCAAACAAGGACAUGCCCAAUGGCAGCGAUAGGCCACGAGCAGACAUAAGUCCCUGGUGUGACUUCAGCCCUUAUGAUCAGCAGCCUGCCUCCCAAUGUCUGUGUGCCUUACGCCUCUUAGCCGGCACCCUGUGAGCUCAUCAGAACCCUGCUCUGUGGGUUUGAAUUGACUGAUAUGGUCCUAACCCAGCAACCCCAGAGCAUGUCUCCUGUGGAUCCUAAUAAAGGCAUGUGUGCCAAGUCCA